GGGCACACACACAUCCAGAGAGCCAGCCCAGCGUGUGCCACUCCGGUCCCAGCUCAGCGUGUGCCAGUCCAGUCCCAGCCCAGCGUGUGCCAGUCCAGCGUGUGCCAGUCCAGCGUGUCCCAGUCCAGUGUGUCCCAGUCCAGUGUGUCCCAGUCCAGCGUGUCCCAGUCCAGCAGUCUCGCCGUCAUGCCUGCUGGUACGGCCAUCUGCCUGCUGGGGCUGCUCUCCCUGUCCUCCGCCUGCUUCAUCUCCAACUGCCCUCUAGGUGGCAAAAGGGCUGUGCCUGACCUUGGCCAUGGGCACAGACAGUGUGGCCCCGAGGACAGGGGGCGCUGUUUUGGCCCCAGUAUCUGCUGUGGGGAGGAGCUGGGCUGCUAUGUGGGCACCCCUGAGACAGCGCGCUGCCUGGAGGAGAAUUACCUGCCAUCUCCCUGCGAGGCCGGGGGCAGAGCCUGUGGUGCUGAGGGGGGGCGCUGUGCUGCUCCAGGGGUCUGCUGUGAUGAAGAGAGUUGUACCAUUGAUGACUCCUGUCUGGAGGGUGAAGGGGUACCCAGGGGUUCAGGACAAGGACAGUCAACGUGGAGAUACCCACUCCUUGAGUGAAAGCACCCCAACCUGCAGAGAGCAACCCAUGGAGACUCCACGCUGAGAACCCUUCACUCUCUAAUUGAGGGCACGCCAAUGCUGGCGCUGUUGACCCCAAUGUCAGAUGGUUUUCAUUCCAGGUGGACUCUUGGUUGCCUAAUUGUUGAAAUAAUAAUGUGAUUGAUUAUUCCUUUUUAUUUUCUUCUCCUAAAAGUUGUAGUUUUCUGGUUAUUCAUGAAUGAUUACAGGUAAAAUAAAUCUUGUACAGCUGCUUGCCCAGAGCUGAUAGAAAUUUACAAAUGCCUUAUAAGUAACUUAAUAAAGUCUGGGGCUCAAUUACAUAAUCAAGAACUCUGAGGAGACAAAAUGCAGAAGAGACAGAGGAUCAUGAGGACCUGAACUGUGAAGACCUGCUGUCACCAUCUUCAAAUUCCAUCUUCAACUAUGCUGAUGACACUACCACCAUUGGCCGAAUCAGUGCUGAUGAUGAGACAGCCUCCAGGGAUGAGGUCAGGAACCUGGUGGAGUGGUGCACUGACAAUAAUCUCUGCCUCGACAUCAGCAAAACCAAAGAGCUGGUCAUCGAUUUUAGAAAGCAGGGUGGGGACCCUACCCCUGUUCACAUCAAGGGGGUGGCUGUAGAGAAGGUCAGCAGCUCCAGGUUCCUGGGUACCUUCAUCACUAGUGAUUGAACGUGGUCCCAGCAUGUAACUGGAGCUCAAACGAAGGCACAACUGCGCCUUUACUUCCUCAGCCAGCUGAAUCAGUGUGGUCUGUCUCCAGCGGUCCUGACCACAUGGUACAGGUGCGCUGUGGAGACUGGCUCACGUGUGGGAGGACGGUGUGGCUUGGCAGCAGCUCGCUGUCUGACCGGAAGGGUUACAGGGGGCGAUCAGGUCAGCCCACUCUAUCACUGGGGUACAGCUCCCCUCUAUUUCAGACAUUUUCACUACUCGCAGCCUCAGGAAGGCUGGAAGUAUCGUGAAGGACACCAGUCAUCCUGGUUCCUCAGUGUUCUCCUCCCUUCCCUCUGGUCAGCGUUGUAGGAGCAGAAAGGCACCAACUUCCAGAUCCACAGAGAGCUUCUUCCCACAAGCUGUCAGAUUACUGAACUCUACCCCCACCACCGGCUCACACUGAUGGGUUCGUUUUUUUUCACUAUGAUGUUAUUUAACUUGUUGUUGUUGCUGCUGUUCUGUGUUUCCUUGAUGUCUUUGUAUAGGGGCAUAUAUGCAAAUAAGCAUUUAGUUGCACUUGUGCCCAUGACAAUAAACUACAACAGAGUUACCCCUUUGCCAGUC